GACGGCGCGCUGCAAAUACGUUCAACGGGGUCGAGCUAGCUUCACAAAAGUUGGUGCCUCCUCAGAAACACUACAAAAAUUUUUGAAACUCGUUCUUGUUUUCAUUUUUUCGUCGCCUAUAUUUCAAAUAUACUUUGCCAGCAUAUAUUAUUUUAAAACACAACAAAAAAAUACGUUUUUUUUGAGUGAAGAAGUAGAAGCAAAAGAAAAAGACGGCGAGAAAAAGCACUGCAGCAAAAAUCGAGUUUUUCUUUUUCUUUGACAAGUUUUCACGCAAGUUUUUCGGGUUUCUUGUUGUUGUUGUUGGUUUGCAAAAAAAGGAGAGAGACAGAGAGAGAGAGAGACAGAAAACACCAGGACAGGAGAGCAAAUUUUCAUGCUCUCAAAGACUCUCUGAAAUAAGGUUGAAAAACUUGUGCAACUCUUCGAGUGUUUCAACAUUUUUCCACCAUCGUCAGAUCUCUCUGUGUUGCAGAAAACGGCUAUAGUUUUUUCAAAAGUGAGGAAAAUCACACAACACAACCCCCAAAAAGAUCUCUUUCUCCAAUGCAAGAAGAGUCUUUGACAAGAAAUCAGCUUCUAUGUAAAUGCAGAAAAGUUACAAGUUUUUUUCACGAGUUUGUCAGAAGGAAAAAGAAGGAAGAAUUCAGCGGAGAAGCAAGAGUGACUUCGACACAAUAUUUGGACACCACGACGACGACAGGAGAAGAAAUCGUGUGUUUGUCUCUUGUACAGUAAAAAAGAGUGUGGUACAAAACAAAAGCCUAAAAAAAAACAUCGUGAAGAAAUUUAACACUAUAAAUUAUUUAAUUAAAUUAAAAGUUUAAAUUAUUGUCUCUUUGUAAAAAAAAACGACGGAAAAAUAAGAUAACCUAACAGUGAUUUGCCGAUCUCGUAACUGAAGCAACAAUAAUAGCUUUUUUUUCUUAGCAAUCAUAUAUAUAAACCUAAUUAGGGAGGGAGAAAAGUGUUCUUUUCGCAAUUUCAACAGAAGUUCGUGAAUGUGCUCGUGUUUCUAAAGUCCUUUUAUUUGUGGAGGGAGAAAGAGAGAGAGAGAGAGAAGGAGAGGCACGAAAAUUCUGAGAAGAGAUCUUUGCUGGUCGUAUAGAAGUGCGGUAUUCCCAGGUAGAUCAACGAUUGACAAAGGGAAUUGAAAAAGUGACAAAGAUGUCUACAGCCAUAAUGCAUCAGACGGCAUACUAUGACUUCGGUGAUUUGCUUCUCAAGAGUCAGAAUCAGACACGAUCGAAUGGGAAUGUCGUGAGUGGGGGUGGUAUUCAAUCGAUCGCGAACACCACCAACAACAAUGUGAUCGGCGGUGCUCCGAGUGGCAGCAACAAGAACUACAGUGUCUCACUGUCGCACAAUGGGGCGCCUCCGCAGCACUCCCUUCUGCAGCAGCAACUGAUUGUGGCGGCGGCGCAGCAACACCAGCAGCAGCACAAUCACAAGAUGAUCCUCCACAGUGCACUGCAGAGGGCCGUGAGUCAUCCCCAUGGAGCCGCUGGAGCUGCUGCAAAUGGUGCUAAUGUGGCCACGUUUGUCAACACCAUCAUUGAGAAUCUGGGCGGUCACCGAAAACUGGAGAGGACACAGUCGGAGCCACUACCUCAAGUCAAUACUUCAAGAUACAAGACUGAACUCUGUCGACCAUUCGAGGAGGCGGGCGAGUGUAAAUACGGUGAUAAGUGCCAAUUUGCUCACGGGAUGUACGAGUUGAGGAAUCUCCAGCGUCAUCCCAAGUACAAAACGGAACUGUGCCGAACGUUCCACAGCGUGGGCUACUGUCCGUACGGGCCGCGGUGUCACUUUGUGCACAAUGCCGAGGAGGCGCGCCUGGGUGUGCAGAAUCAGCAGAAUUCCGUGGCGCUGCAGCAGCAGCGUCUUGUGUUGCUGAACAGAGGCGGCGGCGCCGCCGCCGCGAUGGCUUCGGGUCAACUUGGCGGCGCUCUGCCACUCAGUCCGGCCCUCAGCAUGUCCACGGGCAGCGAUCGUGCCAGUCCCACUGGCUCCCUGUCGCCCACCAACAGCGUGCCGAGCUUCCUCAGUGCCGGCGACAUUGCCGCCUCGCCGGCAGUCGAUGGGCCGCUGAUGGCUCACGCGAUCUUCCCAUCAAGUGGCUUCAUGGCGCCGCCGCCACAGCCACCAUCCCUCAGUCCGCCGCAGAGUCCCCACGAGCUGAGCCCCGUCGCAACGCCUCCGCCAGAGCUGGAGACGCGACUCCCAGUGUUCAAUCGGCUCAGCUCCACCAUUGACUCCCUCAACAAUCUCGCCAUCUAAGCUGAGUCGCCAUUCGCAGGCAAGUUAUCUCAAUGUCUAGAGAGAAAGAGAAAGAAAGUGAUUUUCUGUCUUGCGAAAAGGAAAGAAUUCUCCAAAUCUAUCAGAAAGUGCUAAUAAUAUUGGUUGUUCUUUAAUACAGAGAAAGUCAGUGAGAAUAUAUAUGUUUUAAAAAAGCACCAGGAUGGAAAAUGACUUCGGAGAAAAUAUAUGUCAUAACUUUCGAGCGAUAUUUAUACAAGAAAAACAAAAAGGCAAAAAGAGAAGACAGUGAAUUCUAAGAAAGCGUAAAUAAUAGUAUAGAAAAGCGAUGAAUGGGAAAAAAGCGUAAAUUAUUUUAAUUAUAUCCAGAAAUAACAUAAGUCAUUAAUUUAUUUUGUGCUAUUUUUUUUCAAUAUUUUUUACACUUUAUAUAACUUUGUAUCCUCUUAUAAUGCAACUUUUUUUUUCUUUGAUUUUUAAUAGAAGAAAUAUUCAAUUUAUUGCAAACUAUCGAUAAUCCAUUUGAAUAUAAUUCAUUUGAAAAGAAAAUUUGGUAUUUCACCCAAUUUGUGCCUUAUUUGAAUUAAUUGCGAUUGAAGUUGGAGAUGAAUUGAAAUGAUAGUUUUUGACAAAUGAAUCAAUAUUUUCUUUUGCAACCAAUGUUCUCGUUUCAUUAAGUUAACCUUUUCUUUUUUUAAUGUUUUAUAACCAAGAGUAAUAAUUUCUUUUUUUGAAGUAAAUUUAACUGAAAAAAAGUUGAUUGGUAAGAGUGAUAAAUGAGAUAAGAAAAAAUAACCACGAAUAUUUUUUUAUACUAUUGAAUUAAAAUAUUAUUUAUGUAAAUAAAAAGGGAUUCCAGGUAUAUUAGAGAUAGUAAUUUAAAAAAAAGGAAAGAAAAAACAACAGAGCAAAUUUAUGAAUGAUAGAAAUACAUUGAUUUAGUAAUAAAUAAGUGAUGGUGAUGAUUUGAAAAAUUAAUUUACACCAAGAACAGUUAAAUGGAGUGUCAUUUUUUUUUUUGAUUUCUACGAUGUGUAAAUUAUAUUAGUUUAUAGAUUAAUAUUGUCAAAAUGUCUUAAAAAUCUUCUGUCUAAGUUUAUUUUUCUUCUUUUCUUUUUGAUUAAUUUCACUUUUCUGCUUCAAAUUCUUCCAUAAAUAUAUAUUUCCGAUAAUAAGAGAGAAAAAGAGAGAGAUAAAUUGGGAAAACAGUGAAUUUUCGGCUGUGUUUUGUCGUGGGUGUGUUUUUGAAUGUGCUAAAGAAUUAAAAAAACAUGAUUCCUUCUUUGUUUUCUGCCACAAUUUCCCAAUUUCUAUCGGACAAAAUCAUUAACCAAAAAAAACAACAGAGAAAGAAAGAAAAUUGGAAGAGAAAUUCUCGCGAUAGGAAUUCUUGUUUCAUGUCGUCUUUUGACUGAUCUUUUAAGUUAGAAAGCAGAUAUUUAUGUUUGUUUCCUUCUUCUUAAAUAACAUCCAGAUGGUCAAUAGUAAUUAAUAAUAAUUUAAUAAUUAUUAACAUAAUGAAAUUGAAAAGGAAAUUUUGCCAGUGAAUUUUAUUUAAUAUGAAAUAUAAAAUGCUAAUAAAUCUUUUUUCUAAUCUCAAUUCUUCUUUUUGUCCACAUUUUCCCAAAAUUUAAAGUUUUAAAAUUUUAAAAUGAUAUAUUUAUGUAUUUAAUUGAUUGAGAUAAUGAAGAAAAAAAUUAAGACAAAUAAGAAAUAAAGUUAUCGAAGGGGCCAUUAAUAUGCAAUUUGUAUGUGUUAUAGCAAGAAAUACGGAAAUAAAAUUAAUUUUUAGGUUAUUUCUUGUAAUUUUUUGUCAAAAUAUUUUCAUUUUAUGUUCGCUAUAUAUGUAUAAAAUGUACAUAUAUCAUUGCAAAGGAUUUAUUUCUACACUGUCUAAUGAUUUUUUUUGUGUAUUUUGAUAGAAGAACAUCUAAAGACGUUUUCUUUUUUAUAUUUUAUGAACAUUUUUUUUUCUAUAUAUAUAUUUUAAUGUGUAUUUUGUAUGUAUACUAUAUAUAUGGAUUAUGUAUACAUAGCUUUAAUAUCAAGUAAUUCUUAUAUUUUUUUUUCCUUUGAAAAUUUCAAUAUUUUCUAAGACAAACCUUUCGAAUUGCAAUAAAGAGAAACUUGAAAGAUCAGAAUUGUGUGUAUAAAAAAUGGAAGUUGACGAAGAAGAAAAAAAUGCUGUUCUUUUUCUAAAUAACAAUGAAAGUAAAAAAACAAAAAGACAAAUUUUUAUAUACAAAAAUUUUUUUAAGAGUAAGAAGAAGAA